AUGGAUCUAGGUACCAUGCAGAAGAAGCUUCGCAGCGGGCAGUAUAAGACUAAGAACCAGUUUGCGCAUGAUCUGAAUCUCAUCUGGGACAAUUGCCUUGUCUACAAUGCCUCACCGACGCACCCACUCCGACGCAAUGCCACGUUCAUGCGGCGAAAAGCAAAUCAUCUGCUUGAAUUUCUUAGCGAUAAGCAUGAGUCGAAAGACUUGCUCGCUCAGUGGCAGUUAUCAUCUUCUACCACAUCCAAUAUGCCGCGCGUGUCUUCCGAUGUUGCGUCUACUUCCGCUGAUAUCUUGUCUACGAGCUCUACGGGCACUUUCAACGGCAGCGGCAACAACAACAAUAACAACAAUACGAAUAACGACAAAGUUGGCGCACACUUGGAGGGCUCUGGCAUGUCAAUAGACCCGACUGUGCCGCUUUCUUCGCACCCUACACCACUGCCUCAAAGAUAUGCGCUCCGUCGGACGACUGACUCGUCUCGUGUGUUUCACGAACUGGAUGUCAAUAUGUCCAAGCUUGAAGAAGGCACUCACUUUUCGCAUUUGCAGCCGUCGGCAUCUACCUCAUCAACAAUGCCAACGUCUCGAUCGACGAGUCUGGCACCGACGCUCGAUGUGCUCAAACAGGUGUCGCCUUCAACACCUGACCCGCUCAGCACUGCGCUCCGCCGACCACCAGCCACUGCGCAGCAGCGCUGGUGGUCGGCAUGUUCAUCGGAUGCCAUGCUAUGCGCCGGUACGCCAGUUUUGCGACAUGAGAGCUAUGAGCCUCCUGCACGGUUCUUGGCAACCGAGUCAGAGCAUCUGACGUCACGUCUUCCCACGCAGCGGCCUGGUGUGCCCCGUAUGAUGGCACGGAAUAUCCGCAUGCUGCAGCGUUUAUACCACACCCACAACAAGCUGUAUCAGCUGGCGGAGGCUGUUGAACUUGACCUGCCUAUACCACCGUCCCUCGGAGAGAUCUCUUCGUCAGAAGAGGAGGAUGAACAGGAGGAAAUGGAAGUUGAUAAGGAUGUCGAGGCCGAGACCAAGGCUAGAGCAGAUCAGGUUGUUUUGGAAGAAGAGGAGCACAACUUGCAUGCCCCUCACAAUGCGCUCAAGCGCCCAGAGAAGCAGCGGCAUUCUGAUACGGGGCCGGGCCCUGCGAAUGAGGCGAUAGAGCUGUGUGUGCCUUAUGCCUCACACGCUCCACCACCGCGCUUAUCGGCGUCCUAUGCACAUGCGCAAGCGAGCUGGCAGGUCCAAACACUUCUUGCGCAUGCGGGCUUUGAGGGCACACAUUCUGCCCCUGUCCCAGGUGCUGGCAGACGUCGCUAUCGAGUACCUAAUGGGCCUUGGUCGGACGCUUCGUCUGUACAUGGACCAGUUUGUCCGCCGUUUUGA